AUGUCAGAAACCUCUAGAUUGUUUUCAGUGUUCAAUGAGGAUGAAGGAUUUUUAAAACUUGCUAAAAAAAUUAAAAAAUUAUUUCCCACUGAAGAAAUUGAGACAUGGCAUGCUUCAUCACGAGAUAGCAAAGGCAAUCUUGUUGUGACGGGUCGUUUAAGGACCAAGUAUGAUGCAGUGCGUCGAGGCCUGAUUCGUGCAAAUUUAAUUGAAAGUCGGCGCUCUGCAAAGAAAUCUAAUAACUCUGUUAUUCCUGAUGAUUCCUUUAACGCUGAUGAUGAUCCCGAGAUUUCCUGGUUAAUGACUAAUGAUAGCCCAUGGACUGAAGUGCUGACUAAGUGGGAUGCCAGUGUAGCUGUGAGAAGACAAAUAGUACUUCACCUCAAAUACUACUCGGAGUACAUUGAGAAGUUUCCUGCUCUGCGAACGCAGUUGGGUUGGGAACUUAUCGCACAAGAUGGAGUUGCUAUCGAAGCCAAGCUUGCUCAGCCUGAUUGGCGCAAAUGGGUUGAUGUUAUGAUCAAAUUGAUUCGUAGAGAAAAGGGGAAAUCUGAGUUUUUGAAAGAACCAAAUCUGUCUGAUGGUAAGUACUAUGCUAUAAUAACUCUAUUGCGAGUUCAUUUUGCUCUCACAAGAUUAAGUUUCAUUUUUACCCCUUUCUGCAGGUCAUAAAUUUGCUGCAGUUUGGUUGGCACUACCAUCUCUUUGGAAUGUGAAAACCAUUCCUAAGUCUCCAACUGCAGGUAAA